GCACACCGCUCGGAGCAUUUCUGCUCCCUCCUCGCGUCUCCCCCCCCUCGCUCCGCACCCGCGCUCCCCCCCACGCGUGGCCCACCCGAGACUCCCCCUACCCCGGUGCAGUCCGCGUCUCUCCCCACACCAAGAUCGCGACUCUCCGUGGCCACGUGGAGCGCGCGGCGGGUUGAGCAGUGGAGGCGCGCGGCACGAUCCGAGCACAGCGCUCCCUCCUGGAGCACGCAAACACAGCUUGCAACCUCUCAACCAACACACCUACACACACACACCUACACCUCUAUCUCUCACCGACACAUACACCACCACACCCACACACACACUUACACACGUUCACCAACACACGAGCACACCUGGCUUACACGCCUCACCUACACAAACUAACACCACCACCAACCGGACAUCCCAUCAAAUACCCCCCAAAAAACACUCACACCCUACCAACAUCCAACAGCCACACAGCCACUAAAAAAACACAACCGAGCAACACCCAGCCCAACCAAAGCAACCUACUAAUCAACCAACACGCAUAUUCACCAAGCCAAGCAUGUAACUAGCACACAACCACCACACGACACACACAUACACCACUAAACAGUACAUACAACCCACAGCACACCCGACACACCGAGCCAAGAUCCAACACUCGACCACAAUCACCCAGCCCAGACACUCUCAACACACCACCGCCACACGCCAGCAGGCAUCACCCUGCGCUCAGUAGCAUCAGUUGAAGGAGGAGGGCUUGAGAGGGGUUGGGCCAGCUGCAGGAGCGAUGGCCAGCUGCAGCGUGCCACAGGUGUCGGGCCUUCUGGCCGCGGGCACGGCCCUGGUGCUGCUCUCCUUGGCCUUCGUGAGCGACCACUGGUACGAGACGGACGCGCGCGUGCACGCGGCGCGCUGCCGCGAGCGCCCGGCCGGGCCCUCCGCUCACGACCCCGCGGGGGGCCACAACCUGCCGCUGCGGGACCUGCCCGCCGUCCCACCGCAACACGGGGCGCCUGGCAGAGGUGGUGGUGGUGGAGAUGAUGAUCGUGAUGGGGGGCACGGAGUUGGCGCAAAGCCUGGACGAUCUGGAGGGCCCGGAGGGCGAGGAGGUUCGGGAGGGCAUUUGGGUGCUGGGGGCUCCAGGCUGUCUGGUAGGGGGCGGGACCCCCAGGCGCGUUUUGGAGGGGGAGCUCCCGUGGGUACUGGAGUGGUGGCGGACCCCGCGGGCAGGGCGAGGGCCCCCGCCCAGGGGGGUCCCGGGGAGAGCGCGGGUAAGGAGCAGCAACAGGAGCAGCAGCAGGAGCAGCAGGAGGAGGAGCAGGAGCCCGAGUGUGGUCGCGCCGUCUUCUCGGCGCACGCGGGGCUGUGGAGGCGCUGCUACCGGCGCGGCCACGACCCCGAGCUGGACGCCCUCGUGCAGAAAGGCUCGCUGCGCCGCUGCGUGGCUGUCCGCUACAGCUCCUCCAGGAGGGCCCUGGGCAGGCAGCUGUCACACAACGCGACGCGGCGCCUGCAGCAGGACGAGUGGCACCUCCUGCACCUACGGCGCAUCACUGCCGGCUUCCUGGGCAUGGCUCUGGCCGUGCUCGGCUGCGGGGUGGUGAUCGGGGCCCUGAGCUGCUGCUGGGAGCCCAGCCUCACACAGCACGUGGCCGGCCUGCUCUUCCUCAUGGCCGGCGUCUUCUGCACCAUCUCGCUGUGCACGUGCGUGGCCACGGCGUCCCACGCGCUGCCCCGCGGCGUGGCGCGCGGGUUCGGCUGGGCCCUCGCGUGCGGCUGGUGCGGCCUGGCGCUCGCCCUGGCGGCCGGCUGCGUCUUCGCCGCGUGCCCGGCCGUGCGGCGCAAGCGGUUCGCAUUCGCGCAGCCGGGGCCCAUCGACGUGUCGCACUGAGCCGGCGCGCAGGGACGGCCAGGGGUGGAAGUGACACAAGACUCGCAGA